GAGUCAACAAAUAAAUAUUGUUAAUAUAAUUUCGUUAAACGGUAAUUUCCACAUUAUGUUUUAUUUUUUGUUGAUAUCGUCCAAUUAAUCAACCGUUCAAAUUAAUUAAUACGCAACCUGAUUUGGUUUUGGUACAGAUAACAUAUAGGAAAUACGGUAUUUUAUCAAUUUUUUGGUUACUGAACUAUAAAUUUUUGUAAUAUUUUCAUCAGUAGAAGAAGCAACAUGAUGCCAAAUCGACGUAUUUUGUUAUUAUUUGUUAUACAAAUUAUCGGUGUUGUAUACGGUAAAGCUGGAACAGGAUGUACGAUAAACGUAUUGAAUAAUACAAAUGAAAAGUAUUUUCCAGUGAUGCUCAAUAAUAGAUCUUCUGAAUUCACUUUCAUAAUUCCAAAUCAUGGUCGAAUUCCUCUGAAAACUGGAGAUGGAAUAACGUUUCUUUGUCCGGUGAAAAAUUAUUUAAUACCAACUCAAUCAAAUUUCACUUACGCCACAUGCGUUCAAAACACAACUUUGAAAAUAUUCAGAAAAAAUUAUAAUUUCGACGAAAUAUUGUGCGCCAAAACAGUUCACGGCGAUGUACAAAAAACUAAUAAAAGUUGCGGCGACGGAUACGGGAAAAUUAUAAAUAUCGGUUAUAGAGUCACUCAAAAAUAUUUCAAACAAUUAAUUUUGGUUUGCUAUGACGAUAAGGAAGGAAAAACUUUAUAUACACAACAUAUCGUCCAUGGUGAAGAAAUAGCAAAUAAAUCAGAUUUCAAAGAACGGCUUCCGUUUUCUGUAGACGGUUUGCCAGCCGAUGUACCUGCUAACGUAGCUUACAAAAAAGCUUAUCAAAAAUCGAAGUUCAGUAGUUUAUUAGGUAGUUCUCGUCAAGCCGAACGUUUUGUAAAUAAAAAAUCUUUCCUAGCUCGUGGUCAUCUUUCACCUGACGCUGAUUUCCUAUUCGCAAGCUCUCAACUCACAACUUACUUUUAUAUCAAUACUUGUCCGCAGUGGCAAAGUAUAAAUGCUGGUAAUUGGCUGCACGUCGAGAUGUCUAUCAGAAAAGCAGCAGAAAAAUAUAAUACUAAAUUCACAAUAAUCACCGGAACCCAUGACGUCCUUGAACUACCGGACGUGAACGACAACUCAAUUGAAAUAUACUUGGUGUCGAAUAAAAAACUACCAGUACCGAAAUUUGUUUGGAAAGUGGCCUUGAACGAAGAUACGGGAAAAGGAAUCGUUUUUGUUUCCAUAAACGAUCCGUUUAUUGAGAAAGUUACCAAAGAUGAUUUACUUUGCACAAAUAUCUGCGACAAUUAUGGAUGGGGUACGAAAUCUUUGGAUAAUAUAUCAAGGGGUUAUACGUAUUGUUGCGACGUGAAUGAACUUAGUGGGGUUAUUAAAACUAUGCCCUCAAUCCAAGUAAAUGGAAUUUUAAAUUCUAGCCCAUAGUGUAUUGUAAUUAGAGAUAUUAUAUUGAGUAUCAAAAUAUACAUAACCACGUAAAAUAUAAUCUAAUAAAAUAUAA